UGAUUUUACUCCUGUUCAAAUCGCGGGUGUUCUCUCCUGCUUUGUUGCUGAAAAGGGUAUCACAAAGGAGCCUCCAAAGCUUCUGCCAGACAUGGAAGCCGCUCUCAAUACUAUUCGCGCCAAAGCACGACAUUUGGCCAAGGUGGCAGAAGAAUGUCGUGUUCGACCGGGACCGAUGGCAACUUCGGUGGCUGGUACUCUGAAAGGCGAUGGCAACAUAUUCGCAGAAGGUGGCCGAAGCGCUGUGGAGGAAUAUGCUGAAAAGUUCACCGGCGAUUUCAUGGAAGUUGUGCGCAAUUGGGCCGAUGGCGUUAACUUUGCUCAACUUCUCCUAAUGUCUAAGAUAUUUGCUGGGAGUGUGAUUCGUUGCUUACGUCGUCUUGAUGAACUCCUUAAGCAGAUGCAUUCAGCUGCAAAGGUGGCUGGUAAUGUUGAUCUGGAAAUUAAGUUCACAACUGCCAAUACGCUUAUUAAAAGAGACAUUGUAUUCGCUGGCAGCCUGUACCUAUAA